CCGAUUUCUUCUUUUGAAAUUAAAAGAACUAAGUAGCUCAAGACUGAUAAGGAGAGUUAUCUCACGUUGUGUUGUGGACUGGCUGACAGACUUGUAGUCUCUGAAGCCAUGAAUCCCAUACCAUCGUCGAACUCGGGGAAUCGCGCCGGGAUCGUGACGAUGGGUGACGGUAUGCAGUACCUGUUAGCGAGUGGAGAAAUGAGCGAUGCGAGGUUCGCGGUCGGACGGGAUUAUGGUGACGCGAAGAUCUUUCCCGCUCACCGAAUCCUCCUCGGUGUCCGCAGUGCUGUUUUCCAUGCAAUGCUAUAUGGAAGUGUGCCAGAGAACUGUGCAGCUCCCGUCGACAUUCCAGACAUUCACCCCGAGGCUUUCGCCAAUAUGCUCAGCUUCAUCUACACCGAUGCCGUGAAGAUCCUCUCCCUGGACAAUGUCUUCUUCACACUGGGUUGCGCGGACAAAUAUGACUUACCCUUUUUGGUGGUGAAGUGCACCGAUUUUGCCGUGAACGAGCUCACCACGAGCAACUGCCUGGAUAUGUUGGAUAGUGCGGUUCUCUACGCAGCUACCGCUCCGAGCAUCGUGGAAAAGUGCUUGUGCCUGAUCGAUGAAUCAGGCGAAGCUAUCUGGGAAUCGGAGCAGUUCUGUGAGAUCGGACAGGAGGCGCUGCGUCUUAUUCUCCAGCGGGAUACGUUAACGGCCAACGAAGACACCAUUUGUUGGGCUGCUGAAGAGUGGGCUGGGGCAGUGUGCACGCGAAAGAACAUGGACGAUUCCUCGGCGAAUCGGCGUGAAGUAUUAGGUCAGGCGUUGUUUCUCAUCCGAUUUCCGCUCUUGACCGAUGUUCAGUUGCUGGAUGGGCCCGCGGAGAGCGGUUUGUUGCUGCAAUCGGAAAUACUGGAUAUCUACCGUCACAAGCGGGCCACCAUCAAACCGCAGCUGCCGUUCCAUACGGAGCCUCGACGAAAUAUACGCGCUGAGGGCGUCAUCAAUUUCAAGAUCCCAGAUGUGAGGGAGCUGCCUGAGGCGGGCAUGGAUGUGCUGUAUAGCGAUCCCAUUACAGUCAGAAAGCUGCUUUGGCGCAUCCAGGUGUAUAAGAACACUGAUGGUGAAUCUCCUGCACUGAGCUACUUUCUAGUGUGUAAUCACUGUCACGACUGCUCGAAUUGCGAUUCUUGGGCAUGUCAGGCUACUGUCGAACUGCGCGUACUACCGUGGAAAGCGGAAACCGAACCCAUGAAUAAACGUAUGACUGUGUUGCUGUAG